AUGCCCGUGAACGCAGGGCAUGUGGGUUAUAGCAGUGUGCCGCCGGGAGCCUCAGAGACAUGCCCUCUGCUCAUUCCGGAGUCCGACUCUCUGUGGAGGCCAAUGACGAGAGAGGAGCUCGAGGCAGCUGCUGGGCCUGUCUGGAGGAACGUGCGCUGUUACCUGGUGCUGCUGUUCUGGCUCGCCUGGGUCACCAUACUUGCCACUUCUAUCGCCAUCAUAAUAAAGAGCCCCCGGCCGGUUGCGACGCCCUUGAAAUGGUGGCAGGAGUCUGUGUUCUAUCAGCUGCAGGCCGACCAGUGGACGGAGGCGCAGACCGAGGGUUCAGAGGGCAUGUGCGGUCUUAAAAUUGUGCUUGACUUGUGUAAACGGGAUCUGUUGGCACUUCAGGAUGUAACUGGAAACCUCUCAGCUACCACACAGGAAGUGGCUGAUGCUGUAGAGAGACACCUACAAACAAGAGGAGAUAAUAUAUGGCCCAGCUGGACAGUUGGAGGCAACGCAUCUCAGGAACUGAAGAAGUUACUCCUGGUGUUGAUGAUGACUCUGCCAGGAUCACCAGCAAUCCAGUAUGAUAAAGACAUGGAGAAAACAAAGGAAAAGGGCAAAAUGAACCGUGCAGCCCUUCAGCUCUUCUCCUCCCUCAGCUUCUCCAAAGCCAGAGAAGAAGCGCUUCAAUAUGGCAGUUUCACCUUCCUCCCUUUCAACACCUCGUCAUCCUCCAACUCCUCUCUUUCCUCUCCUUUAUCUCCCCCAAUUCUUGCCUUUCUACGCUCCUGGGGUUGUGUCCACGUCCUUGUUCUGCUCAACUUCGGGUUUCAGCCUCAAAGCCUGGAUCCUGCCUGGGCCUCGAGCUUGCCUGAUGCCGGGCUGUUUGUAGACAGCACAGGGAUGGAUCGUUUUGGGUCCACAUCUCUCUACAGUCUCAGACUGCAGCCCCACGAAGCCAUCGUAAUCAAACUUUUUGAAGCACAAAACUAUUCGUAG